UAGCGCGUGUUUCUGUCUCACGCACGCGUUCUGCGGUCGCUUCACUUUCCUUUCACUGUAACUAACAUGCAUCCACUUCCACGCACAGUCUUCCACUAUCGCCCAUGACUUCCAAAACGCACCGAUUUACCACCUGUAACCGUCACCCUACCAAACCGGUCACCGGUUUCUGCGCCUUCUGUCUCAGCGAGCGCCUCGCCGGCAUUGAAUCCUCCUCUGCCGCGGCCGCCGAGCCGGAGCUCCGCCGCACAAAAUCUUUCUCCGGCAGAAGCGGCGUCCCUCCCUCCUCCGCCGCAGUCCCCGAGCCCCGCCGAAGAUCCUGCGAGGUCCUUGCGUCGGCGGCGCCGUCGCGGAGCACGCUCUGGGACCUCUUCACCCUCGACGACGACGAGAAAAAGCCUCCGAAUCACAAGCUCGAGGUUGAUUCAAGAAGAAGCAUCCACAAUGGCGGUGAUGCGAUUAGGGUUUGUGGCGAAGAUGAUGAUGAAGAGACGAAGACGAUGAAAGAGUUCAUAGAUCUCGAAUUGCGUAGCAGGAAGAACGCGGUGAGAGAUUUCAGAGACAUCGCGGGGAGUUUUUGGGAUGCAGCUUCUGUGUUCAGCAAGAGGUUAAGGAAAUGGAAACGGAAAGAGAAGUUGAAGAGAAACCAUGGCAGCGUUGAGGAACAAGGGGUAGUAACAAGAUUGAGGGAGACACAAUCCGAGGUUGGAGAAUAUGGGUUGUCGUUGGGCAGAAGAUCCUGCGACACUGAUCCGAGGUUGUCCGUUGAUGUUGGUCGGUUUUCGUUUGAUGCGCCACGAGCUUCUUGGGAUGGUUAUUUGAUUGGGAAAACAUGUCGCAGGCUUUCCCCAAUGGUUCAUGUUAAUGGGUUUGUUGAUGAUGAGAGGGUUUUGGUUGAAGAGGAAGAGGAGGAUGUGAAUUUGGAAAGUGGUGAAGAGCAUUGUCCUGGUGGGUCAGCUCAGACCAAACAUUACUAUUCAGAUUCUCAGAGGAGAAGGAGGAGUUUUGAUAGAUCGAAUUCUCGUAAGAAAACAGUAAUUGGGGAUGUUGAUGAAUUGAGAGCGAUUUCUAAUGCAAAGGUUUCUCCAACCACCACCGAGUUAUUCUAUGGGGCAAAGGUGCUGAUCACUGAGAAAGACUUGAAGGAUGCAAAUUUGAAAUCUCCAAAUAAUGUUCAAUCUGAUUGUAUGAUUGGGUCUGCUUCCAAUGAUGCUUGUGAUGCUUCUAAGGUUGAUCAAAAGGGAUUAAAGAAGUUCCACAAGUGGGGUAGGUUGUGGAAUAAGUUUGGGUUAGUGCAUAGGAGAAGGGAAGAUAAGUUAGGAGAAGAAGAGUAUGCUGCUGGGGAUAUGGUUAAUAAGCCAAUUGCAGAGUCUUGGCAGAAGCUAAGGAGGGUGGUUAAUGGACAAGGGAAUGAAUCAGUUAGUCAGAAGCUUAUUCGUAGCUAUAGUGUUAGUUGUAGAGAUACUUGUAGAAUGACUGGUUUAGUCAACGGAUCUGGGGUUCCUGAGGCCGAAGUCAAUGUUUUGAAUGGAAGACAAGAGGUUAUGGUUCAAAGGAAUCGGAGUGUUAGGUAUUCUCCAAAUAAUGUUGACCCUGGCUUGUUAAGGUUCUAUUUGACACCAUUGAAGAGCUAUAGGCGAAGCAGGGUCUGGAAAGAGUAGCUUAAAGGAUUCGAAUCCAACAACCAGAAAGUUUCUUGUAAAGCUGUAACCGUAGAAAGUACGUCUGGUUGUAAAACAUAUAUGAUGUAAUUGUUUGUUGUACAUGAGAUUAAGCGCAUCACAUUAUUACAUUCUGGUUGCAAUUGUUCUCAUGAUGUUGGUAGCAGAAUAAAGCAAUU